AGAGGAGGCGGAAGAGGAAGAGGAGGCUUCCUACAUAAAAAUCAAGUCAACCAAAUGGUGCGGCGGGCGAUACAGAAGGAAAGGAGGCGGAUGUAUGCUGGAGGAUACGCAUCAUAUCAAGCGUACGUUCCUCCAGCAUACGCAGCACCGCCUCCUUUGCCGCCGAUGCAACAUCCAAUGCCAAUGAUGCCACCGCCGCCGCCGACGGUGAUACAAAUGCCGCCACCGCCGAUGGUGAUACAAAUGCCAAUGAUGCCACCGCCGCCGCCGCCGCCAACGCCAACACCACAUACAUAUGGUUAUUACUACCGAUAUCAAUAA